AUGGUCUUUCAGCCUGCACGUAUUGACAAAUUGGACUUUGACGUGGAAAAUGCGGACGCGAUUGCCGACUUCCUGCUUGCAUCCAGCGCACUGGCAAAGCGCGAUCUUUUGCAUUUCAACGGAUUCGUCUUUAAUGACAUUGCUCAGAAUGUCAACGGACAGCGUUGGAAGAAGCUAACUCCAUGGAGGCAGGAUGCGUUGAGCUCGCUGGACCAGCUUGCGUCUGAGGCGUCUGCCAUUGCGUUGGCCUUUUCUUGUUCCACGUGA